UACACUCAUCACUCUCUUGUAAGAGUAAGAGCUGAGAACUAGCAGUUGAGUGUUCUUUCGGAGAUUUAUCAGUAAUGGCUGUUACUUACCCUCCCUUCUCGAUGAAGUUCUUCUUCUUUUGUGUCUCUACGGUUCUUUUGGUGGGUUUGGUCAGCUCAGCGAGGUUCGAUGAUCUCUUUCAGCCGAGCUGGGCUCUCGAUCAUUUCGUCUACGAAGGAGAGCAGCUUAGGCUUAAACUAGACAACUAUUCUGGUGCUGGUUUUGCUUCGAAAAGCAAAUAUCUGUUCGGAAAAACAACGAUUCAGAUCAAGCUUGUCGAAGGAGAUUCUGCUGGAACUGUCACUGCUUUCUAUAUGUCAUCGGAUGGUCCGAACCACAACGAGUUCGACUUCGAGUUCCUGGGGAACACCACCGGCGAGCCCUAUCUGGUCCAGACCAACGUGUACGUAAACGGCGUAGGCAACCGGGAACAGCGGCUGAACCUCUGGUUCGACCCAACCAAGGACUUCCACUCCUACUCCAUCCUCUGGAACCAGCGUCAAGUUGUUUUUAUGGUGGACGAGACGCCGGUACGCGUAUUCACGAACAAAGAGAAGCAAGGGAUCCCGUUCCCCAAGGACCAGGCCAUGGGUGUAUAUAGCUCGAUAUGGAACGCUGAUGACUGGGCCACCCAGGGUGGUCGAGUUAAGACAAACUGGACCAAUGCCCCGUUCAUCGCCUCCUACACGGGAUUCGAAAUAAACGCUUGUGAGUGCCCGGUCACUGUGGCGGCCGAUGAGAAUGCCAAGAGGUGCAGUUCCAGUGAGAAGAAGUACUGGUGGGACCAGCCCGUGAUGUCCGAGUUGAACCUGCAUCAGAGCCAUCAGCUGUUGUGGGUCCGAGCUAAUCACCUCGUCUACGAUUAUUGCACGGACGCUACUAGGUUUCCUGUUGCUCCUCCCGAGUGCGACCACCAUCACCGCCCGUGAUCUCUCUCUCUCUCUCUCUCUCUCAGGCUGGGGCCUGGCCGCUUGGGGGGAGUUUGGGGUUGUUCCACUGUAAAAAGCAGGGUUUUUUAGGUGAUAAACAUGAAACUCCAUGUUCAUUAUUUUUGUGGUCCUGUAGCAAUUGUAGUAGUCAGGCAGCUGUAGGUAGGUAGUUUUAGACUCUGCAGAUGUAAGAAAUUAAGGAAAGGUUGUUAAUACCACUCUUUUUUCUUUAAAAUUUGGUUAGUAAAGGCAACACAAAGAUUUGGUCAAA